AAAGCGUGACUUGGAAAUUUAUUCUUCGUUUGGACGUCUUACCUCCUGCAUGCUACUAGAAGUCUCACAUUCUCCUCUUAAAUGGUCGGUCAAAGUUCAAACCUCAACAACCCUCUUUCUCUCUACCGUGCGCGCUAGAGUUUAGUCCAAGGAGCUCUGAUUAGUCUUCUUCUGAAGCUGAGUCCCCAUAUCAAAAAGCGUGACUUGGAAAUUUAUUCUUUGUUUGGACGUCUUACCUCCUGCAUGCUACUAGAAUUCUCACAUUCUCCUCUUAAAUGGUCGGUCAAAGUUCAAACCUCAACAACCCUCUUUCUCUCUACUGCGCGCACUAGAGUUUAGUCCAGGGAGCUCUGAUUAGUUCUUCUGAGGCUGAGUCUAUUCUCUUUGAUCUCUCGCUCUCUCUCUCUCUCUCUCUCUCUCUCUCUCUCUCAUGGAGAGCCCAGUACUACAUAAAUUCAAAGGGAAGCAGGUCAUGCAGAAGCAGCUUUCUCGGCCAAGUCUAGGGCCAACCCAUGAAAGAUCUCCGGCGGAGGAAGUGGAAUUAGCUGCCACUGCAAUAAGCCUCGACGUGCGGUUGAGACCCUCAGAUAUGCCCGCCCACAUGCAAGACCGAGCCCUGCGCUGCGCCAGAUUACUAAUUGACUCCUCCGCCCCCGUUUCCCGUCCUAAUCCCACCCACCUAGCUCGGGCUCUCAAAAAGGAGUUUGACUCGCUGUACGGACCGGCCUGGCACUGUGUGGUGGGGACGAGUUUUGGGUCGUUCGUGACCCACUCACCGGGUGGCUUCGUUUACUUCUCCAUUGACUCACUUUCGGUUCUGCUUUUCAAGACGGAGGUUCAGUUGGUUGCCGAACCAGGUGCCUAAAAAUUAGAAAAUUCCCACUUCGCACACGAGAAAAUUAGAGCUGCCCAAUUGAUGUAUUCUCUGCUAAAUUAUCUAUCAAAUUCGAUAAUUUUUUUCUUGGUUGUCUUGAAAGAAAGUGUUAUCCUGAAUUGAAUUACUGCUUGGAAAUGCCAUUACCCCUGUAUCAGCGUGGUUCAAGGAAAGAACUAAGGUGGAAGAGAAAAAUCACGGUUUACAUCGAUA